AUGGCCUGGCGAAACCAGGGAAUCACUGGAUCCAACAACGUCCCUUUGGGACGUCGCCGGUUUGGAGGUGAUGAAGCCGACAGGAGUGAUACCACAACACCGGCAUCCGCAGUCGCGGAUGCUGGGAUGAAGCGUGGGAGAAGUCCUGUUCGAGCUGAUCCUCCUUCCGAUGGAAUCAAGAAGCGAAAGAAACGAAAUCGAUGGGGAGAUGCCCAGGAAAAUAAGGCGGCGGGCCUCAUGGGACUUCCAACACUGAUCAUGGCAAAUAUGACCAAUGAACAGCUAGAGGCUUAUACUCUGCAUCUUCGCAUCGAAGAAAUUAGCCAAAAGCUUCGCAUCAACGAUGUUGUGCCUGCGGACGGUGAUAGGUCUCCUUCGCCGGCCCCGCAGUACGAUAACUUUGGCAGACGUGUCAAUACUAGGGAAAACCGCUAUCGGAAACGUUUGGAAGACGAACGACAUAAGCUGAUUGAAAAGGCUAUGAAAGUUAUUCCUAACUAUCAUCCGCCUUCUGACUAUAGGCGUCCGACUAAGACCCAGGAGAAGGUCUAUGUCCCAGUGAACGACUAUCCUGAGAUUAACUUCAUUGGCUUACUUAUCGGACCCCGAGGCAAUACCUUGAAGAAAAUGGAGGCAGAGUCGGGAGCUAAAAUUGCCAUUCGCGGAAAAGGAUCCGUGAAGGAAGGCAAAGGGCGUUCUGACGCGGCUCACACUAGCAACCAGGAAGAAGAUCUCCACUGUCUAAUCAUGGCAGAUACCGAAGAGAAAGUGAACAAGGCGAAAAAGCUGAUCCAUAAUGUUAUUGAAACGGCCGCAUCCAUUCCGGAGGGUCAGAACGAGCUUAAGAGGAACCAGCUUCGUGAACUCGCUGCCCUUAACGGCACGUUGCGCGACGAUGAAAAUCAAGCAUGCCAGAACUGUGGUCAAAUCGGCCAUCGCAAAUACGAUUGUCCUGAGCAACGCAACUUUACUGCGAAUAUUAUUUGUCGUGUUUGUGGAAAUGCCGGCCACAUGGCAAAGGAUUGUCCUGAUCGCCAACGAGGCACGGAUUGGCGCAACCAUGGUCCUAGCAUGCGCAAAGGAGUCGGAGAUGCUGUUGAUCGUGAAAUGGAGCAACUUAUGCAAGAACUUUCGGGCGGUGCUCCUUCUGGUAGUGGCGAGGCACCUCGACGUAUCGAAGCCGGACCCGGAGGAUAUGACCAGGGUAAUAAGUACGGCGAGCAACGCGAUUUGAAACCAUGGCAACGUGGCCCGACUGGCGGUCCUGCUCCUUGGCAACGACGCGACGACCGCCGAGAUGACCAGGGACAUCGUGACCACGGCGCUGCACCACCUUGGGCAGCUGGCGGUGGCCACGGUGAUCGUGGGGAUCAGGUGGAACGAGGCGACUCUUACGGCUACGGAUCGCAUAGCGCUGGAUACGGUGCCGCACCCGGGGCUGCUGCUCCAUGGCAACAGCAGGCGCCCCCCCCUCCACCCGGUGGACAAGCAGCAUAUGGAUAUGGAUAUCCUGGAUUCUCCGGUGCUCAAACUAUGGGUGCUCCCCCAGGGCUCAGUGGUGUCCCUCCGCCUCCUCCAGGUAUGGGAUCUAUGUACUCUGGAUAUCCAGGAGCCAAUCCGCCGCCUCCACCUCCCCCGGCUGAUGGGCCACCACCACCGCCUCCGAGCGAACAGCCACCUCCACCUCCACCUCCGGCGUGA